AUUCAUUCAACUUUGUGCCGCGCAGUGCGUAGUUCGUUCCCUCAGUCAGUCAGUUCCUUCGCGACGUACGAAAGAGAUCAGCCAUCAGCCAUCAGCCAGCGAUCUGAUCUAACUAUUCCCAGACAAACAGAUCCAUACAGACCCACAUCGUUAAGUACGUGACUCGAGACCACAGAGCCCACCGGAUUCCAGCAACCGUCGCGUAACUCCAGCUUCCAGCUGCCACAACCAACGCACAACAUUCCACCCGUUUGGUUUCCCCAGCAGUAGCAGUCAGCAUCGUCGUAACAUUUCCGCUCUCUCCCAUUGGGUGUUUGCCUUAAAGUGCGCCAUAAACCAAAAAGUCAACAGCAGCAGCAGCAGCAGCAGUACGGCCCACCCAAAACGCCCACAACACCAUAGGGAGAAAUCACAGAUAGAGCAGCAGCAGCAGCAGCAACAGAAAAAAAGAUAGUGUCUGACGGAAGCAGCGUUGCCGCAUUUCACCAGGAAAAAACCAACCAACUGGCAACACUCACCGCAAUUAACGGCGUUAUCUGGCGAGAGAUAGCGAUUAGACGAAAGAGAGUGUACACCGAGCAAAAGCUCCAACAAACAAACACAACACACGGCAACUCCCCCACUGACAGACAGACAGACAGAGAGAUAGAGAGAGAGAGCGAGUGGGAACGAGCAAGUCAGUCUGUGUCAGGUCCCCCCAUUUGUUGGUUGGGCGAGAGAGCGAGUCAAAGAGAGAGAGCGAGUGAGCCCAGAGCAGAGAGUGAAGUGAGGUGAGAGAGAGAGAGCAGUGAGUACUGUGAGUACACUACGCCGAAAAAGCCACCGAAAAGCACCCGAGGGAGAAGCCAGCCGCACAUACCGCCCGUCAAAAUGUUUGCUGUAAUGCGAAUCGACAACGAUGACUGCCGGUCGGACUUCCGUCGCAAGAUGCGUCCGAAGUGCGAGUUCAUUUGCAAGUACUGCCAGCGGCGUUUCACCAAGCCAUACAACCUGAUGAUCCACGAGCGCACCCACAAAUCGCCGGAGAUCACAUACUCGUGCGAGGUCUGCGGCAAGUACUUCAAGCAGCGUGAUAAUCUUCGCCAGCACAGAAAUCUACACAAGGACACCUGUGGGCGUGGUGGCUAUGGGAGGUAGAAGAAACCACUAAAGGAAUCGGUGGAACAUUUAUUCCUAGCAACAAUAACCGAUAGAGCUUUCGCUUAAGCAACAUUAAACACACAAUAUAAUCACUCGAUCCAGCAGUAUUCGGGGACGAUCCAACACAACCCCCAAAGGAUCCGUCAACCCAGCAGGAUAUUCCUAUACAGCAUCAUUAACCGCUAGAGCAACAAUAACCGAAACAGCAAACCGGAAGGAAGCAACAUUUAACCGCCACCAACAUGUUGCCAGAAUCACUCUUCAGUGGGGCUCACAUUGCCAGCGAAAGUGCAAUUAAGCUUGAGCUUCUUGCGCUUUCCAUACUAACGGUAACGAAAGCCACACACAGUGCAACAUUUAGACAUAGAAAGAAACAUCAGCUGCAAUUAUCUUGCCUUAAAAAUUUAACAUUUACCCCCUGCCCCCCUCCCUAUAUAUGUAUGAAUAAUGAAAUUAAUUAAAAUUUAAUAAUAAUACUACAAAAGACA